AUGGAGACCCCAACUCCCAGGAAAAGCCCUAACUCCUCCCUCAGACUAAGGCCCCCAGGGCAGGGCCAUCCCUUUGCCCUCCCAGGACCCUGUCUUUCCCCCUCAACCUGGGCUUCCAGGUCAGGUCUAUGCCCUCUCCCCUCAGUCUGGGCUGUGGGGGGCUUCUGGCUGAGCCUCUUCUCUCUGACCCCACUGGCCACAGAGCGCAUCAACUAUGUGCCCCAGCUCUCAAGUGCCACUCUGGCAGGGACACUUACCCAGUCCACCUUCACUCUGGAGCAGCCGCGGGGCCAGUUCAGUCACCUCAACAUCUCCGACUUUGACCCUAUCUGGCUGGUGGUGGCCCAGAGCAACGCCUCCCAGAACUUCAUUGCCCCACAGAGGGUGGAGGACACCCCAGUCCCUGCUGACCUCCCCCAGAGGGGCUACUACCUCACGAUGAUGGCCAGCCGGGCACUCUAUCCGGGUAGCCAGCCUGGCAACCAGCUCCGGGUCCUCCGUGUUGGCAAUGACACUGGCUGCUUCCCAACCACAAGAGGCUGCAACCACCCCCUGCCAGGUCCGGGGCCCUACCGAGUGAAGUUCCUGGUGAUGAGUGACAGAGGACCCGUGGCUGAGACAGAGUGGUCCAGUGACACCCUUCUGCAGCAAGCUGAGGCACUCCAGGCUACCCCAGGGCUCCAGAGCACGGGCACAGUGGUCAUAAUCGCCACCCUCUCAGUCCUGCUGGCUGUCCUCCUCACCACCCUCCUUGCCCUGCUCAUCUACACCUGCUAUGACAGCUGUGGGAGCAGCCCCAUUUCGGGACCAGAGGAGUUGGUGUGCAUGAGAAGAUAUAACUCCCACCACAUGUUCAUCCCUCCAGCUAUGGGGGGCUCCUGAGUGGCCCUGGGGGGCACCCAUCUCCGCAACCUUCUCCCUGGUCCAGGCUGCAGAGCCUGGGCUGGGAGCAUGUCCUGCAGCUUCUGGAGCUCAGAAAUCACUAUCAGAAAUAAACAUCCCCAACAUCCCUCUGUACAUCGUGUCAUUGUACACCUGGCAGUCUCCCCACUC